AUGCCACGAAGCCCCAUGUCGAGUGAGGAGGAAAUGGCUCAAAGUUUCUCUGACUCGGCCAGUUCAGAAUCAGACAGCUCCAGAGAUGAACCUCCCAGGCUGGAUCGACCUACCAGUGGCCGACUAGACAACAGCCUAAGAGACACACUGCUGAUCUGUGUGGUCAUCCCUGACCUGCAGCAGUCUAAAUCCAUGCGGUUCAGUUCUGAUGCCACAGUAUGGGUUGCUAAGCAGCAGAUCCUGUGUACACUUACACAGAGUCUGAAGGAUGUGCUGAACUAUGGGCUGUUUCAACCUGCAGUGGAUGGGAGAGAGAGUGGUUUCCUGGAGGAAGAAAGACCUCUUAGAGAUUAUCCACUGCCCACCAAUAAGGGUGUUUCUACCCUUGAGUUUCGUUAUAAGAGCAGAGUGUACCAGCAGCCGAACGUCAAUGAAAAACAGAUCGAGAAACUCCACACGCAGGUCAACCUGAGGAAAUUUAUGGAGUACAUCCAACAUCACCAGGUGGACAAAGUCGCCAUGCUGUUAGAAAGAGGAUUGGACCCCAACUACCAUGACCCUGAAACUGGUGAGACGCCACUGACUCUCGCGGCCCACCUGGACAAUAUGGUGGAGGUUAUAAUGACACUGAAAAAUGGUGGAGCUCAUUUAGAUUUCCGCUCUCGGGAUGGUAUGACUGCCCUCCAUAAAGCAGCCCGUGCAAAGAACCAGAUCGCCCUUAAGGCGAUGUUGGAUUUGGGAGCAUCUCCAGAUUACAAAGACAGACAGGGUUUAACUCCUCUCUACCAUACCGUAACCGUUGGGGGAGAUCCCAGCUGCUGUGAGGUACUACUGCGUGCCCAUGCCAGUGUCGCAUGCCAUGAUGAGAACGGAUGGCACGAAAUCCACCAGGCUUGCCGAUAUGGGCACGUUCAACACCUGGAGCAUCUCUUGUAUUAUGGUGCGGAUAUGGGAGUUGAAAACGCAUCUGGUAAUACGGCCCUUCAUAUCUGCGCCCUGUACAAACAGGAAAAGUGUGCCAAGGUUCUUUUGGUCCGCGGAGCCAGCAAAGACGUCAAGAACUACAGAGGACAAACUCCCUUUCAGGUGGCCAUUAUUUCUGGUAAUUUCGAGCUUGCCGAAAUCAUAAAGAAUCACAAAGACUCUGAUAUUGUGCCUUUUCGGGAGGCACCGGCUGGCGCAGGUCGUAGCAGGCAGCUGCAGCAGACGCCCCUUCAGCACCAGGGCAGGAGCACUCUGGCCGCCCCUCGCGUGCUGCUCCGCUCCAACAGUGACAACAACCUGAACGUCAACAAGCUCCCGCCGGACCGCUCGCGCUCACCUUCGCCCCUGCGCAGCCUCUCGCCCCGCCACCCCCAGCAGAUGCAGAACAGCCCCAAUGGCACAGUGAAGACCAUGGCCCGGGGGGGACGCUCACCCCGAAGCCGUUCCCCUUCCCUGGGACGGCUGGGGGAAGGAGACACACGGAGACAGACCCCUCAGCGCCACAACAGGGAUGCCUUCUCUGGUAUGGACACGCCAGGUUCAAAACGUAAGCUAUACAGUGCUGUGCCAGGACGACACUAUGUGGUGGUCAAGUCUUACCAACCGCAGGCUGAGGGGGAAAUCGCUUUAUACAAGAACGACAGGGUUAAAGUUCUCAGUAUUGGAGAAGGAGGAUUCUGGGAAGGCAGCGCUCGAGGGAAUGUAGGCUGGUUCCCAGCGGAAUGCGUGGAAGAGAUCCCAAGCAAACCCAACGAGGACAGGCCCUAUGCCCGGGCGGACCGGUCAGAGAGGCGCAAGCUCUUUCGACAUUACACUGUGGGAUCGUAUGACAGUUUUGAUGCAUCAAGCGACUGCGUGAUCAACGAAAAGACGGUGGUGCUGCAGAAGAAGGAUAACGAGGGAUUCGGUUUCGUGUUGCGAGGGGCGAAAGCUGAUACACCCAUUGAGGAGUUCACCCCCACUCCGGCCUUCCCUGCUUUGCAGUAUCUGGAGUCUGUGGAUGAGGGUGGGGUGGCAUGGAAAGCUGGUCUGAGGACUGGGGAUUUUCUCAUUGAGGUGAACCAAGAUAAUGUUGUCAAAGUGGGCCACAAACAAGUUGUCAACAUGAUCCGUCAUGGCGGCAACCACUUAAUCAUUAAAGUCGUCACGGUCAGUCGAAAUCUGGACCCUGACGACACAGCUCGAAAGAAAGCACCUCCACCACCACGGAGGGCUCCAUCCACAGCGCUGUCCAUGCGUUCAAAAUCUAUGACCUCAGAGCUAGAAGACCUAGUGGAUAAAGCCACUUUGAGGAAAAAAAAGGAUGAUCAGCUUUCAGAUAAUGAGGGUCUGAAGAAGAGGAUUGUAUUUCAAGUCACACUAAAUAAAGUGGAUGAAGCCGUCCCCCCCCAGAAACCCAUGUGGGACAACUCAAACGCCGAUUUGAGGGUUGCGACGGUCAAACCACGUCCGACUAGCAAGUGUUUCGCUGUCAGCCCUGAAAUGAAUUCUCUCUGCAAUAGUCAGGAUACAGCAACAGACUCACCGCCACCGCCAAGUAGUCCUAGAGGCCCUUUCCUGGGUGUACCACGAGGAACUAUAAGACGACAAACCUCUAUAGGAGUAACUGAAGAAGAGAAGCAGUUCCUCACUCCUCCAAUGUUGAAAUUUACAAGAAGCCUUUCAAUGCCUGACACAUCAGAAGAUAUUCCACCCCCACCAGCCAUCUCCCCUCCAUCUCCACCUCAUAAUAAUGCUCCCGUCCCAGCUGGCCGAGGAUAUGGCACCAUCAGAGCAGGCUUUACUUCUCAGAGUCCUAAUGCGAACAGCCCGGCCUCAGACAGAACUGAAGGUGCUGGGUGGAGAGAUCAGGGCGUGUUUUACAGAGACAGUCCUGAGCAGUAUGAAUCUGAAGGCUUCAAUCACAGUCCAACAGCCCAGCAGAGUCUUCAUAUGCGUCGUGCCCAUGUCCCUGAGAACCCUUACUCUGAUGUGGGAAAGAUGGGUCAAGCCGGACUGUUUGUACCCAACAAGCCUGCCAGGCGGAAGGGCAUGCUUGUGAAACAGUCUAACGUGGAGGACAGUCCAGAGAAGACCUGCUCCAUCCCGAUACCAACCAUAAUAAUCAAAGAGCCCUCCACCAGCAGCAGUGGUAAAAGCAGCCAGGGAAGCAGUAUGGAAAUUGAGACGACCACACCGGACCACCCAGGGCAACUGCGUCCUGAUGACGGUUUAAAUUCAGGAAGUCCCUUUGCAGCUGCCAUUGCCGGUGCAGUCAGAGACAGGGAGAAGAGGCUGGAUGUUCAUCGGAACUCCCCGUCUUUUAAGUCCACAGAUGCAGGUGAUGAGGAUGUGGCACCUACACCAGCACCACGUCUUCGACACUCAAAGUCUAUCGACGAGGGCAUGUUUAGCAGUGACGAACGGCUGCGUAGGCUCAUGGCACCUCCCACGUCCCUGCUUAGCAUUCCCAGAGGUGGUGGCAACGUGACGGACUUCAACAGCCCUGAGCCCACCAUAGUACGUGAGCUAUUGAACACACGUACAGGACAUAGCCCAAUUAGUCUGCCUGCUCAUAAGACGUACAGCUCAGGAAGUGGAAAUUACGUUCAUCCGGUCACAGGCAAACCACUAGAUCCCAAUUCGCCGUUAGCUUUAGCACUUGCGGCGAGAGACAGAGCCAUGAGGGACCAAUCGCAACCUCUUCCACUAAAAAGUGACCAAUUAAAACUCGAUCUUAAUAAACCACUUUUCAUCGACACCAAGCUUAGACCAAAUUUGGAGGUUGGCUUCUCAAGUACCGCCACCAUGGGGCGUCCCCGUGGGGGCCUGCGUAGACAGAUGACAGAAUCCAAAUACGAGACCGAGUCCAAGUACCAGCUCGAUCUGGGCAAGCCGGAGAAGAGGACAGAGGAGAAGAAGAACAUGCUGAUCGACAUUGUGGACACCUCGCAGCAGAAGUCAGCUGGUCUGCUGAUGGUACACACAACAGAUGGGGUAAAAUCAGAGGAUAACAACUUGUCAGAGGGUGAAAGGGAUGAGGCGGGGAGUCCCGACAACACCCCUGGGGAGCUUCGCGACCCCAACCAGCCAGCUCCCACCAACCCCCCAGCUACCAAGCCCCUAUCAGCUGCUCCACAUGGCAAGACCAUCAUAACUAUCAGCUCUGUGGAUGAGCCUGUCAAGCUUCCCUUCGGCAUCCCUCCACCGCCUUUGGCUUCUGUCGACAUCGAUGAAGAGUUUGUGUUCGCUGAACCCCUCCCACCUCCAUUAGAGUUCGCCAACAGUUUUGACAUUCCUGAAGACCAGGCGGGGUCUAUAGCUGAGCUUCUGAAACAGAAAGCGAAUGGCACGAAAGGACCUUCACUUGCUUCCUACUAUCCCCCAAUAGGUGGUGUAAUUUCAGAAAUCAAAAGACCAACGGUCCUCACAAACUGCACCCCUCCCAGCUUCCCUCCAGGGCCGUUAGAACCCUACGAACAAAUCACUGACUCGGGCAUCGAGGUCGACAGCCGGAGCAGUGGUGACCCUCAGCUGGAGACCACCAGCACCAUCUCCACUGUGUCCAGCAUCUCCACCUUGUCUUCUGAAGGAGGUGAGAACCUAGACACUUGCACCGUCUAUGCAGAUGGACAAGCCUUUAUGGUGGACAGGACUCAGAUCCUGUCCAAACCAAAACCCAAACCUGCCAUCAAAAGCAAUGCACUUUACAAGGACCCUUUGCCGGAAGAAAACGUAAGCUCUUUUAGAAUUCCCUCCUCGGUUCCACCACCACCCCCUGGAACUAUUCCACCAGAACCCUUGAAAACCCCAACACAGCGAACCUCAAAACUAUGGGGUGACCCUCCAGAGUUGAAAGGCCCCCACGGGCCCGAAGCCAAGUCCCAUGAGAUGAAUUCAGUUCUGCAGCACGUAAACAAGGACAAAGCACCAAAGCCAGGGGACGCGUUAGACUCUCCGACAGGAACCAGGACUCACUUUGGAACGAGAAAUCAGGAUGGUGUAUCCCUCAUCUCAGGUACACAGCAGAACACCACCAUUACCUUCACUGCCCAGCCUGGCCCGAAUGUGCCUGUCCCGUCGCCGUGCCGACAGCCCGAGAGCCUGCCUCCCCAUCACCACGCCCCAAGUCCAAUCAUGUCCCCUCCGGACUCCGGCCUAAGUUGUGCCUCUUCCCUCCCGACCUCCGUCACUUCCCCCACCAUGACAGACGUCUUCGGUCUACCCACGCCGCCCCUCAGCCUCGGCACAGGGCGUAGCCGCUCCCCUUCCCCGCUCACCCUGAUCCAGGCCGCCUCAAAUAAGCCCUUUGCCACCAAACCCGUCCUCAUGUGGAGCAAGCAGGACGUGGCCGACUGGCUAGAGAGCCUAAACCUGGGUGAGCACAGAGACGCCUUUAUGGACAAUGACAUAGAGGGCAGCCACCUACCUAACCUGCAAAAGGAGGAUCUGAUUGAUUUGGGCGUCACGCGCGUGGGUCACAGAAUGAACAUCGAGCGGGCGCUUAAAGUACUCUUGGAUAGAUGAGAUUGGAUGAGAUGUCCUUCCGGGACUCCACGCGCUCUUGUUCAUAAGCUUUCCUUUUUUUGGUUCACUAAUUUGAAAACAUUGUCGUCCUAUCACGCUUUUUGGUGGAUUUUAGGAACUCUCACAUCCUGAAGAAACUCAAGUGUGUUCGAAUAUCCGCGCAAGCACAAGCGGUUCCCAACGUUUCUGUACCAAGAGCUCCGGCACCAGAGAGGACAUUGAAGCCAACACACUGUAUGGAAUCUACGAAUAUGCGCUGACUUUCCUUUGGCUUUUAAGGACUUUGGCCUCCUUUGAAUGCACUGAAACCAGCAGAGCUGGGGAUCCAUUUUUUAUCUUUGCUAAGACAAUUCUACAAAGAAUAUUUCUUCAGGAAAAAGGGAACCUUUGUCUAUGUAACAGCUGCCUAUGAAAUAUCUUGCUUUUUUCUCCUACACGUUUGAACGAGAUGUACGCGAAUCUCCGAGAUGUGAUCGGUGGGAACUUAGACGUCCCUCAGUUCCUUCGCUUAUAGUCCAGGAACGGGCUAUCGAAGCACUUGAAACACAAAGGCCAAUUCUCCCUACGUGCGAACAAACGUAACAGUAGCAAGCAGCAGGUUUCUCCACCAUCUUUUGAGUCGCCGACAUUAGGUGUUCGUCUGAAUGAUCAAAAUUUUCUUGGGUCUUUUUGAAUCGUGGUUUACUAUUAGGUGUCUUCCAUAUAGUAAGGAGGUGUACGGCAUUCCCACCAACGUUUGAUUUGUACCUUCGAUCAAUGCUAGGUUGCGCUGUUUCUCACUAUUUUUGAACUACAAUAACGUCUUCACGGAUGAAUCCAAGUGUCGCUGGUAUUAACUCAAGUAUUGAGUUUUAUGGAAACAAAGAGACUUGUUCGGUUAACCGGUUUGAGUAAAACGCUGACACAAUCACUAUAAAUGGGCCAGUAUGUAUUUGUCUUUUGCUUUAAGUGUGACACUUAAUAAUUUGAUUUAUUGCUUAACUAUAAAUCGCUAGAUCAUUUGAUGGGUCGUCGAGAGCAUUACAGGAAUCCUCCUUAAUCUAUACAUAUCAAUGUCGUCAAUUGUAACUGAUACAGGAUGCGACUGCAUAUCCGUAAACUGUUGCGUAUUAUGUUUUUAGGUUUGAAAUUUGAUUCGGACGGACACAGUUUUUUUUUUCAUCUGGAGUCACUUUCCUAAAUAAUAGAUCCAGUCAAAAGUGCUUUACCUAAAUGCUCUGUUCAUUCACACCCUGCAGUUUUCCCCUUCGGUUAACAAGUGGGGAAUUUUUGCUUUUGCUGUCAUAUUACGUUCAUUUUAGUUUUAACUGCAACGUGCCUAUACGUGUUACAAUUUGACACACCACAACAUCUCAAAGCGAAUCAAAGUAUACUUUUUUUUUCAAUAUCAGAGACUUUUCUCUCAGUCAAAGUUUUAUUGGACUAUAGAUGCCAUAAUAAAUCUCACAGGUGUUGCUGUUUACAUAUUCCAGAACUACGUACAGUAGGAAUGGGAUGUGACUGGAGGUUAUAUUCAUAUUUUAACAUAUUUUAGCAGACAGCCAGCAUUAAACAGAGUUUGAAGCACUGUGGGUAAUGCCAGAACUGAGGGGAAAGCGAUGUGGCGUGAACGCCUGUGAAUAAAGAUGACCGUUCGAAGUAUGCAGCGAAGAGAUUCAGAAAUAAAAAUUAUAUAUAAAUAUUAUAUAUAUAUAAAAAUAUAUAUAUAUGUUUGCUUUUCUCUCAACCUUAGAAGAUUUAGAGUUAUCAUCUCUAUAUAUCUUAUUUUAGGAAACAGCACAGUAUUUUAAAGAUUUAUAGAAAUAUUUAUGAAAUUUUUAUGACAUUUAACUCUGAUAUGUGGUGUGCCAAAAAUCUAUGUGGUAUCAGUUAAAAAGCAAUACACAAACUUAAAGAACACUGUUUGGUCCUUCUUUGCCAGUAUUCCACAGUACAGUAUAUAAUAUUAUAAAAAUGAAAUCUACAUAUACAUAGGUCUCAGUGAAUUAGACGAUAUGAAAAAAUGAGGUUACGGCUGUCACCUGCUUCUUUUAGAUCAUGUAAUUAAAGAAAGACGUUAAAAUGUAGAUUUGUGUGGUGUGUGUACUUGACCAAACUCAAUGAGCACAUGUUUUAGACACUUACACCGUGUCACUAAAUUUUGAAAAUGCAUUUUAUAGACACUUUAAGAGUCGAAUUAUUCUUUUUUAAGUUUAUCCUUCAUAGUUAUCUCUCACACACACACACACGUCUUGGGAGGAAUGCAUUCACUUGGUCUAUGUUGCUGUGAUUUUGUGCAAAACUAGAAUAUUUUUGAUUAAAAUUUAAGGGAGACGUUUUGUGACUGCACUUUCCUCAAACCUCAACACUCAUGUAUGGAAAAACGAAAAUCGACGGGAAGAAAUAAAUCCGAUUGCACAAUCUGUUGUUGAACUCAUGUAGCUUCAGUUCCUUCCAUGUGUUUUGUUUACAUUGUUUGUCUUGGGCUAUGUGAAUUUGUUACACGUUCAUUUUAGAGCUUGUUUCGUUUGAAAUAAAUCUUUUCCCAUGAUUAGCAUGCUGUUCAAUGCUCUCUCAUAGCCAUACAUGCUGUCUUUUCAUAUUGUGCGUGCGUGCGCAGUACUGUGCAAAAGUAUUAGGUCAUCAUGCCAGAAUUAGAUUAGUUGUUUUUGCAAUGUUAUAGUGAUCGUAUAUAAUUAUAUAUCAGUCUCUUUAAUAGAAUACAUUCAGAAAAAACAGGAACUGUGUAUCUAUAUAGUAUUAAAAAAUGUAUAAAAAUGUAAACUGAAGUGUCAAAUUUUUAGGGUAAACUCGCUUUCCACUUAAGCAAUAGCAGGAAACUGGUG